GUAGGCUUGUGACGUAGGACUUGACGUAUGACGCAAAUACGUAACACGUUUGGGUCCAGGAGCGCCAUUGAAAGUUUUCAAAGGCCCCCUCUGCUCAACCUGACCCACCAUGUUCCGUCCCAAACCCACUCUGAAGGACCGACAGCACUUGUACAAGCUGAUCAUCAGCCAGCUGCUCUAUGACGGAUACACGAGUAUCGCCAACAAUCUGAUCAAUGAGGUGAAGCCUCAGAACGUGGUGUCGCCCUCUGAGCAGCUGAUGCAGCUGGCUAAAACAGGGAUGGAGAAUGAUGACAGUGCAGUCCAGUAUGCUAUUGGGCGCUCAGAUACAGUGGCGCCUGGUGUGGGGAUUGAUCUGGAAUUUGAUGCUGAUGUCCAGACCAUGUCUCCAGAGGCAUCAGAGUAUGAGACCUGCUACGUAACAUCCCAUAAAGGUCCCUGUCGCGUGGCUUCAUACAGCCGCGAUGGCCAGCUGAUUGCCACUGGCUCUGCUGAUGCUUCCAUCAAGAUCCUGGAUACUGAACGCAUGCUGGCCAAGAGCGCUAUGCCUAUUGAGGUGAUGAUGAAUGAGACGGCGCAGCAAAAUAUGGAGAAUCACCCUGUGAUACGAACACUGUAUGACCACGUGGAUGAAGUAACCUGCCUCGCCUUCCAUCCGACUGAACAGAUUUUGGCUUCUGGAUCAAGAGAUUACACCCUCAAACUGUUUGACUACUCCAAGCCCUCUGCAAAAAGAGCAUUUAAAUACAUACAGGAAGCAGAAAUGCUGCGUUCAAUCUCCUUCCAUCCAUCAGGUGACUUCCUGCUGGUUGGAACGCAGCACCCCACACUCCGCCUUUACGACGUCAACACCUUCCAGUGCUUUGUCUCCUGCAACCCGCUGGACCAGCACACAGACACCAUCAGUGGCGUCAGCUACAACCCCAGCGCCAACACCUACGUCUCCUGCAGCAAGGACGGCAGCAUCAAGCUUUGGGAUGGCGUCUCCAACCGCUGCGUCACCACUUUCGAGAAGGCCCACGAUGGAGCCGAGGUCUGCUCCGCCAUCUUCUCCAAGAACUCCAAGUACAUCAUGUCCAGUGGCAAAGACUCCGUGGUGAAACUGUGGGAGAUCUCCACAGGCCGGACGCUGGUCAAAUACACAGGCGCGGGGCUGAGCGGGAGGCAGAUGCACCGGACGCAGGGCGUGUUCAACCACACGGAGGACUACGUGCUGCUGCCAGACGAGCGCACCAUCAGCCUGUGCUGCUGGGACUCGCGCACAGCCGAGAGGAAGAACCUGCUGUCUCUGGGACACAACAACAUCGUGCGCUGCAUCGUGCACUCGCCCACCAACCCUGGCUUCAUGACCUGCAGCGACGACUUCAGGGCCCGCUUUUGGUACCGCCGCACCACCACGGACUGAGACGCAGCCCCCCCCUCCACUCUGUGAGGAGCGCACACUGUGCUGAGAGCUUGUUCUAAUCAUUUGUAUUUCAUCUUUUGUGGGACAGUACUUGAGGAAAGAAGGAAUUGAGUUGUCACUUCUCUGGAAGUUUUUGUCAUAUUUGAUUUCGUAUGUUGUUAUAGUUGACAGCAAAGUUGUCGCUUGUCUCGUCCCCUUUCAUAAUUUGUCUUGCCUUUGUUGUUUUUCAGAUUUUUAAUAAACAAUUAAAAAGAA